GGGCGAUCGCCCGCGGAACUUGGCUCGACUUCUCAAGCAAUUACCCUCUAACUGACAAUCCAGAUUUGAGUUUAUCUUAUACUUGGUCUUCAAAAUGGAGAAGAACUUUGAUGAGAUAGCUGUUGGUAGCCAAGAUGGUAGUUCCAGCGAUUUGGAGCACAUCGAGGUUGACUGGACUGAAGAAGAGGAAGCGAAACUCAUUCGCAAGGUCGACUUCACUAUUAUGCCACUCUUGGUCCUUGGCUUCUUUGCCCUUCAACUCGAUCGAGGAAAUAUUGGAAAUGCUCUCACAGACUUUUUCAUGGCUGAUGUUGGGAUUACUCAAAGCCAGUUCAAUGUUGGACAGCAGCUUUUAUCUGCGGGUAUUGUCUUGCUUGAGAUUCCCAGCAACUUCAUCCUCUACCGUGUUGGACCCGCCAAGUGGAUUGGAUCCCAGAUCAUCGCUUGGGGUCUUGUUGCCACGUUUCAGGCAUUUCAGAAAGGUUUAGGUGCUUUUCUUUCUACUCGACUUCUCCUUGGUCUCUGUGAAGCUGGCUUCAUCCCUGCUGGAUUAUAUACAAUUACUCGAUGGUACAAGCGUGAUGAAACCAGCAAGCGAUUCUCUAUCUACUUCCUGGGUAACAUGAUUGCCUCUGGAGCAUCAGGUCUCAUUGCAUAUGGAAUUCUUCACAUGCGAGGUAUUGGCGGACUUGGAGGUUGGCAAUGGCUUUUCAUCCUCGAAGGUAUCUUCACCAUCCUUGUUGGGAUUCUCUUCAUCCUGUUCUUCCCAGACAGUCCCUUCAACCCCGUCUCACUCUUUAAGUUCGGUGUCUUCACUGAGAGGGAGAAAGAGAUCCUAAUGAAAAGAAUUCUGAAGGAUGAUCCUUCCAAGAUUCACGCAAAGCCAAACGUUACUCAAGAAGAGUUUCGCAAUGUGAUGACAAACUGGAGACUCAUUCCCCAUGUUUUACUCACUAUUAGUGCUCUCGCGCCCGCUACAACAAUGGGCUCCUACUCGCCAAGCCUUGUGAAGUCAUUCGGUUAUGAGAGACUCAAGUCGAAUGCCCUUGUGUCGAUUGGAUCAUGGGCCCUUGUUGUGACCAACCUCUUGUGGGGUUAUCUGGGUGAUAAACUUCAAAUGCGCGGCCCUCUCGUUGCAUUUGGGAUCUUCAUGUUCUGGGCAUUCACGAUCGCUGAUCGUGUCAUGGUGUUUUCACCCGAUGGACAUACACGAUUCGCUCUGUUGACAUUAACUCAUGCUUUCGGAUGGCAAUGGCAUCCCCUGAAUGGUUCCUGGAUGGCUCUCAACGCUGGUUCCGCUGGAGAGAGGUCCAUCACUAUGGCCAUCCUCAUCAUGUCAGCCAACACAUCUGGAAUUAUUGGAAGUCAACUCUUCCAAGAGCAUGAUGCUCCUCUUUACAAAACAGGUUGGACUGCUAUCAUGGCUCUGGCUUCGGUUGGUCUUGUUAUGGCUGUCGUUGCGAACUUGCAGUAUUUCUUCCUCAACGGCCGAAGGAUAGGUCGCAAGGGAUUAAAGUAUAGUCCUUAAUUGGUUAAAAACAUUCACUUGCUAGCCAGGUCACAACGUUGGUUGGUAGUAGGAGUAUUAUAACAUGAUUGUCUGAACUUUUGAUCAAUUAUUGAGGGGAAAUUAUUAGGGAAUCAUGGAAUGGAGAACAAUUCUGUGUUUACUUGGUCUCCUUCUUGGCGUCCUUUUUGGCCUCACCAGCAAUCUCUUGGGCCUUCUCAGACUUCUUCUCCAACACUUGUCGAAGUUCCUCAACGGUCUCCUUGAAAAGCUUCUCACCCUCCUCCUUGUGCUUGUCCGCAACCUCGCUCAACUGCUGCAGCUUCUCCAUGACCUCGCCACCAUUAGGGAUCUCCUUGAUGUACUUCUCAAUGUCGACCCAGCCGCCAGUGAGCUCAUUGCCCUUGGACUUGACCUUCUCGGUCGCAUCCUUGACGUACUUCUCCAGGUCGCCUAAGUCGCCAGAGUCGACGGCGGAUUUGGCGCGCUUGAACAGCUCGGCGGUGUUGCCCUCCUUGAGGGCAUCGGCGUUCUUCUCGAUGAGCUCCUUAACCUUGGGGUUCUUGUCAAGGUAGGGCUUGGCCUCCUCAAGACCCUUCUUCCAGGCCUGGUCGCCGAGCUUCUUGAUCUGUUCCACCUUCUCCUCGACGAGCUUGCGGGCCUUGCUUAUGCUAGCGGCACUGAAGCCUCCAGCAAAGAUGUCCUUGACCUGCUUCCAAGUCUCAUCGACCUGCUUUUUAGCCUCGGGGCCAUACUUGUCACCGAGCUCCUUGAGCUGGUCAACGUUGCUGCCAAGCUUCUCCUUGACCUGGGGGUGGUUGUCGAUGAUGUCGCCGAUGGCAUCACCAGCGAGGUUGGCGACCUUCUUGGCGAGAUCGGCGAGGACGUCAUAGGCCUUGGAAGCAGUUUCGAGGCUCAGGCCAGACUUGGAAAGAUGUUGGAACUGCUUGUAGGCAUCGUUGACGAGCUUGUCGGCCUCAUCCUUGUUGUUCUCCCGAACCUUUUCCCAGUCCUGGAAGGCAGCAUCAACGUAGGCGCGACCACCUGGGAUCCAACCAACGUAGGAGUAAGCAAACUCCUUGAUGUAGUUCACAGCCUGAUCGGCAUCGGGGGUGUUCUUCUGGAGCUUCUUUGCGGCGGCCUCAUAUUUUUGCUGGGCCUCCUUGGCAGCUUUGUUGAUACCUGAAGCAGCACGGCCAGCGGGUGUGUAAGAGUAGAUGCCGUAGAAGAUGGCUGAGCCGACAAAGCCACCAGCGAUACCGGUGGCGAGAUGAGCGCUGCUCGAUGAAGAUGAGGCUGUAGAUUGGAAUCGAACUUGGCGAGAAGCACGAGAAGCACGUGCGGCACGAGGCACAGUUGAUCGAAUGAGAGGGCGAGCAGGAAGCAUUGUGUCGGAUUAGUUGUUGUAAAAGGGAGAAUAGAGAAUCAGGUUGUGUUGAAGAGGGGAAAGAUGUGAGAAUGAGGGGAGGAAAAGGCAGAAGAUGGCAUUUUGAGGGUGAGUAAAUACCUUAACUUUUUUUGCAAUAUGCCUAAGGAAUGACGUACUCAUACGAUCACGACGCAAACAAACCACAAGCUAGAGCUUCAGGACCAAAGCUCCGGAAACGUGACGUCAGUGACGCUCAUAUGCGGACAUUGCGGGGUGAGUCUGGCGUUCCCCAUGUGAGACUAAGACAGUCCAAUUGGCCAAUUGCGUUCCAUGUUUCCAAACUCAAUCCGCUCUCAAGAUCGAGAUCCUUGUGCAGUUCCUCGGGUCCAAAGCUGAAGAUGAUCAGGGGCGCUUUCGUUUGGUGCGUGGUGCUUUGGACGGGGCCGGGAUGAGCCGCGGAUGUUACGUCACGACUACCUAAGACAACAGCUGCACUAAGAAAGGGACGGGAGUGUAAGAAAACUUGAGACUUCUUUUCUAAAUAAUGAAAAUACUUAGGCAAACGUCGGGCAAUUUAGCAAGCGUAUAAAGCAGUUUAUUUUGACACCCUGAUUCAUCGUCAGAAGUUUUCUUACUCUCUAGAGACUAAUAACCAAGCUCACCAAGUUCAGCUACCGAGUUUCACCAAGGUUAACGUCGGUAGACCGGCUACACAAUAAAGAGUCGCUUAUUCAGGA